UACCCCUUUCAACCAACAUGUCUCACAAAUCCCCCAUUUCCAAUCUCUUCUUCUUCAUUUUCCUCCUCUGCUUAAUCACCUUAUCCGCCGCCAGUAAACACCACUCUCGCCGCCCCUGCCACCACCUAGUCUUCUACUUCCACGACAUCAUUUUCAACGGACACAACGCAAAGAACGCAACCUCAGCCAUUGUCGGAGCUCCAGCAUGGGGAAACUUGACGACUCUAGCCGGGCAGAAUCACUUCGGUAAUGUGGUGGUGUUCGACGAUCCCAUUACACUUGACAACAACCUCCACUCGCCGCCGGUGGGACGAGCGCAGGGAUUCUAUUUUUACGACAAGAAGGAAAUCUUCACGGCGUGGCUUGGGUUUUCGUUUGUGUUUAACUCGACGGAGCAUAAAGGGAGUUUGAACUUUGCGGGAGCGGAUCCGGCGUUGGAAAAGACGAGAGACAUUUGGGUGAUCGGAGGGACGGGGGAUUUCUUCAUGGCGAGGGGAAUUGCGACUCUGUCGACUGAUUCGUUUGAAGGGAACGAUUAUUUUAGGCUUCGGACGGAUAUUAAAUUGUAUGAAUGUUGGUGA